AUGGAUGUGGGACCGUUAACGCGAAACUACCCGAAUGUAUUCGAAUGCCUGACAAGCCACAGUCCAUCGAUUCCUGCCUUUGGCCUUCAGAGAGCUGUCUUGCCCGAUAACACUGAUGUGACUCAAGAUCCAAGCCAUGGAUAUAUUUACGCGGACUCUCCGAUUCAUAUGCCCGGUUUAAGGAACAGCGCGCACGAUUAUCUCCAUUCUCUCUCAGGAGGAAGCGCUCAAGGUGCGUUUAACCUGCCGGCCAAUUAUCCUGUGCCAGCUGCGUAUUCGACGCUGGCUGCCCGCGGAAGAGAUUUCCUGCUACGCCGUGAACACACAGUAACGCUUCCCUCAGUUUCGUUACCAGCGACUCACACUAUCUCCGUGGACGUGACAGCUUCUUCGACGAAUCUCGUUGUCCCACCACCACCGCCCCCUUCUGCGUUCCAACAAACGGCGAUCUUUACAUCAAGCAACGUGGCUCUACAUGCCAUUAACUUGCCUAGUUUCUCGGCCAGCGCUGGUGCUCCGUUAGGACCGCCUCAAACGCUGGUCCAGCAAGAUGCACAGCAUGGAACGACGUUUUCUAAUUUGGGUCUCCCUGCUGUUCAGGAGUCACUGCCCGUGUCUGAAUCCAGCAAUAGCAAUAGUGAUUCUCACACAGAAACCUCGCGUGCGUCUGUGAGCAUUGGUGAUUCCCAAGGAAGCAAUGAUCUUCCUCGGCCAAGUCCGCUUAAUGCUGUCAAAUCUGGCUUCGUACCUUCGCCCUCUAGCGUUGUUCCGCCGAUGGAGUUGUCGGCUAACGGCGCCUUUCUUCGUUAUAUCAGGCCACAGAACAAGCAAGAGUUUGUUUGCCGAUGGUCCCUCUUGCGAAGCAAAGUAUCGAUUCCCUGUGAUAAAAGCUACUCGACGAUGCAGGAUUUAGUGAAGCAUAUUUCAUUAGAGCACGUGGGAGGAACAGAGGUUAGUGCAGCUCACGUUUGCCUGUGGCACGAGUGUCAUAGAGGAGGAAAGCCGUUCAAAGCGAAGUAUAAGCUUAUCAACCACAUACGAGUUCAUACUGGAGAGAAGCCGUUCCCUUGCCCGUUCGCAAACUGCGGCAAAACGUUUGCACGUUCGGAGAAUCUGAAAAUUCAUAAGCGCACCCACACAGGCGAAAAACCGUUCGUGUGCGAAUUUCCUGGGUGCAAUCGCCGUUUUGCCAAUUCCAGUGAUCGCAAGAAGCAUUCUCACGUUCAUACCGCAGACAAACCGUAUCUUUGCAGAACCCAAGGCUGUGGAAAAAGCUAUACACACCCAAGUUCUCUCCGGAAGCAUUUAAAGAUGCACAUGAAGGCCGCAAAUUUGGACAAUCAUGAUAGUAUGGCGUUAAUAUCUGCGCAAGCUGAACUUCAGCUAAACAGUUCAAGCACAGCAUCGAGAGGUGUACAGCCUUGGUUUGGCCUGGCUCAACAAUCACCAAAACUCAGCCUUCAGCAGUCACCCACAACACUCUCAAUGAAAGAAGAACCGUCUCGUUAA